AUGCUGCACUCGACCACCACCGGCGCACCCACAAUGGCCGACACCCUCCCGUCCAUCGCCUUCGGCUUCGACGACCUGCGCACCCGCAUGAACCACUUCACCGCGCGCUUCGACGACUUCAUCGCCAAAGGCCGCGCCCGCGUCCUCGAAGACAGAAACCAGUUCCGCAUCAACGUCGCCGAGUGUCAAGAGGACCAGCGCGCCCGCGCCCGCGCCAUCGAAAUCCUGCACCUCAAAACCUCGCAGCACCGACAGACCCUCGCCAAGGAAUCCGCAGAGACAUCCGAGAUGCACACCGCGAUCUCGACCCUGACCACCCAGCGCGACGCCCUGCUCACAACGCGGGACGCCCUGCGCGCCCAAAUCGCGGAGGCCCAGCGCGCGGUGUCGGCGCGGCGCGACGCGCAGGCUAAACACCGGCGGUACUUGGACGGGCAGGCGCGGUAUAACGAACCCGAGCUUGAGUUCUGGGAGAGGUAUUUGGGGUUGAGGAUUGAAGGGCUCGGGAAGGAGGAUAGGUUGAGGUUUGUGUAUGAGGGGGUUUGUGAGAGGGAGUGGGAGCGCGAGGCGUGGUUUGAGCUGGAUACGAGUGAGAGGGAGUAUAGGGUUCUUGAGGUGAGGCCGGAGGGGGCGGUGGAUAGGGAGGCCGUGGAGAGGGUGGUGGAGAGGUUGAAUGAGAGUAGGGAUUUGGGUGGGUUUUUGAAGGGGAUGAGGGAGGUUUUUGUGGAGGCGAUGAAGUAG